CGCAGUGGUGGCCAGGGCCCUGCAGGCCGGUUUUGUGGCAGGCGGACGCCCCUCCAGCUCGAGCCCAAGCCUGCUCCCCGCGCGGCGGAGGCUGCUGCAGUGGUCUGACUGACGUCAUCGCGAUUUCCCGGCAGCCCCCGGUUGCUAGCGGACUGGACAAUGUCACUGCAGCGCUUCCAUGCUGAAUGGCAGGAUUUGGACAAAGAAUUCAAACAACUCCAGGAAACUCACAAAGUGUAUAGACACAAACUUGAUGAACUUACUAAUCUUCAGACUGUUUGUAGCAACUCUAUAAGUAAACAAAAACGAAGAUUAAAAGACCUUGCCUGCGGUCUCCGAAGAUGUAAACUUUCAGCCACUGCAGAAGAAGUUGAAGUCAUUCAAAGAAUUAAUAAUGAUAUCAAAGAGCGGCGCAAUGUUUUCUUUGAUAUGGAAGCAUUUUUACCUAAGAAAAAUGGGCUGUACUUAAACCUGGUGCUUGGAAAUGUGAAUGUAACUCUUUUCAGCAAGCAGGCUAAAUUUGCUUACAAAGAUGAAUAUGAAAAAUUCAAACUAUAUCUGACGAUCAUCUUAUUGCUUGGCGCAAUAUCUUGCAUGUUUCUGUUGAAUAGGGUAAUUGAUGAAAUAUUUAACUUCCUGUUAGUCUGGUAUUACUGCACCUUAACAAUAAGGGAGAGUGUUCUUAUCAGCAAUGGAUCAAGAAUCAAGGGCUGGUGGGUAUCUCAUCACUAUGUGUCUACAUUUCUCUCUGGCGUGAUGCUAACGUGGCCUAAUGGAUUAAUGUAUCAAAUGUUUCGGAGUCAAUUUCUAGCAUUUUCUAUUUAUCAGAGCUGUGUGCAGUUCUUACAGUAUUAUUAUCAAAGUGGCUGCCUUUAUAGAUUGCGGGCAUUGGGAGAAAGGGAUCACAUGGAUCUCACAGUAGAAGGAUUUCAGUCAUGGAUGUGGAGAGGAUUAACUUUUCUCCUUCCAUUUCUUUUCUUUGGCCAUUUUUGGCAGUUGUACAAUUCGCUCACACUUUUUGGCCUUUCACAACAUGAGCGAUGCAACGAAUGGCAAGUUUUUGUCUUGGCUCUCACAUUCCUGGUGCUAUUUCUUGGGAACUUCCUUACCACUCUUAAAGUUGUUCAUCAAAAGUUUCAGAAGAACAAAGAUAAAUUGAAAAAGCUGUGAAUGUCUGAAUCCUACUAAUUAAACAACAUUGCUGGGGAAGAUGGCAAUAUGUUCCAAUACCCUUGCAUUUGCUGCUGGAUUUGAGUCUGAACACUUGCACAUCAGUGAGGCAGGACUUACAACUGUCACACAACUAUUUACAAGAAUCCUGAUGGUAGCUGCAUUCUCUAUUCAUUCUGACAGAAAUUGACUACUUUUAAGGUCCAUAUACCAUAUUAGCAUGGAUCAUUGUCCCAAACUUGUUAUAUUUCAUUUCGAUGUUAUAGUUUUUCACUACCAUGGGAUGUUACUGUUUAAAUGUGAUUUAUAUUGCCAGGGAGCACUUGAUGGGGCAAAAUGUGGUAUUGAUGUGAAAUGAAUAUCAUCUCUGAGAUGUUUGGAUAAACCUUUAUCAUGAUUUAACUUGUUAGGCAGUUUAUUGGCUGUCAGCAAUCAUUAAAAUUUUGAUUGAAGUAUAACAUUAGUCUUAAUUGGCCAAUAUAAAUGAUUAUACCAACGUAAACUUUUGAUUCUUCACUGUUUCAAUUACUACGUAUAAUAUUCAGAUUAUUUAUGCAUGUGUAUUCUGUGUUUCACUCUUGUAGAUGUGAUGUGAACAUUAAAUGUAUAUUGCAAUUUGUAUUACAUACCAAAUUAAUUAAUUGUCCUGCUACAUAGGUAAUAUUACUUUUAACAACUAUUCCUUCAUUUGUUCCUUUUUAGUUUGUCUUUCCCUUGGAUUCUGUUUUAAGGAUGUUAUUUUCCAAACAAACAGGACCACUUCCAAACUACCUCCUCUUUCAGAUGUCUUCUAGUGCCACUCUUAAUCUAGUUGGAGGUAUUUAGAGUGACUCAAGGUAACUCAUCUUUUACUUUAAGGAAACUUUCCUCUCCACAAUUGGCAAAGUGCCAGCUAUUGAUGAAGGAACUCUGAAUGAAUUAAUAUUUGGAAUUGUGGAAGAGCCGAGAGCCCAAAUGAAUGUUAUCACAAUCCAAGGAAUUUUUUUCCCUUCUUUGCAGAAUGAACUAUCUGAAAUAAGCUCAUUUGUUAAUGAAAACGAACACAACAGGCACUAAAAUAGUGAGGUUUUCUUGAAUUAGUUUAAAUAUUUGAUUGCAAGUGAUAUGACACCAAUAAUGAAUGAUCAAGAGAAAUCACCUAAAUGAGCACAAAUGUGGAUCAUGUAGUAAACAAAAAUUAGGGCACACGGGAAAAUGCUACAAAAACUCAGUAGGUCAAGAACACAAGAAGUAAGUACAGGUCCACUCAGAUUUACCCUUCCUGAGAAGUGGUAUGUUAUUCCUUCAAAAUGGAGGCAUAGUUAAUCUUGCAUUGAUUUGAGUGUCAUACACUGCACUUAUGCUGAAUUCUAACCAUGGUUCAAGGAAUUUAGGUUUUGUUUAAAAUGUAUUGUUUUGGAAUCGAUACCUUCAGUUGACAUCAGAAUCUGUAGGUUUUGUGGCCCAACAUUUUAGCUGCAGUUUCUGAAACAGGGAACAUGUGCAUGUCUGUACACUCCAUUAUUCAUCCAAAUUGAGAGUAAAAUCAGUGCAGGUAAUAGUCAAAGCAUAAACACUAUUUAUGAGCAGAAGGGAUUUAUAAUCAUGAAGGAAAACCUGUGACAUUGUGAGCAACAUGUCCUCUUUAAGACUAGAGGGAGGAUCCUUGCUUUGAUCUUCCCAGAGCUAAAUAUAUAACUCUGUAAUGAUUGAUUUAUGCAGAAGACUUCAGUAAGCCAGUGUCAAACAAUGUCAUGUCCUGUGGUCACUCUGAUAUCUACAGACUGAAACCAACCUCCAACUAGUCUUUUUUUUUGCAGAUUAAUCAGGGUUAUUUCUGUUUUACAAUAUAAUAUUAGAAAAAUACAUUUGCUCAUGAGUGUAAUUUUGUAUUUAACAUUUUGUUUUUGCUGAAUAGAAUAGAAUCUUCUCACACAAAAUGGGAACAACUGAAGGUCUGCCUUUUAUUUGACACCAUCAAAUGUGAUUUAAAUUAUUUUGUUACCAAAGUGUUAUACAGCAGUGAUCUACAAUAUUCAAUAGUAUAUUUCAGUUGGAUUCCAGGAGAAUAUUUUAAAAACUAAGAGGUAGUCACAUAUAACACAGUGCAAAGCAAAUACUAGUAAGAAUUAUUAGAGAGUGUGAUUGCCUCAUUAUUCAAGAAAAAAUGCAAGUAAGUGGUGAAUUAACUUUGCUUCGCGGUGAAAAUUAUACUUUUGGAGGACCUGUGAUGGACAUUUUAUGGAAACAGUAUCAUGUAUUAGUAAUGUCAAGAAGUUUAAGCAAGCAAUACAAUUGCAAAAAUGCACAGACAUGUUUAAUACUCAAUCUUGUGUUUACCUGCUAAAAAUGUUUUUUUUAUACUAAAUGCUGAUUGUGAAUGUGUUAACUGGGUUAUUUUAUUUGAAGCAUUUUCAGUUGCACUUCCCUGUAAGGUUUACUGUGAGAAAGAAUUGAAAGAAACAAUCUAAACUUGUAUGAUUGUGAUCUGUCCAUUUCUGUGAGAAAGUUUGAGCUUCCACGCAGGGUGUUAACUUCUGCUACACCAUCGUUUGUGUAGAAAGACCAUUUACAAUAAACCACUUCAGAAAACAUUUUCUGGCUAUGUAGUGAUGAAUAUUAGCAUAGGUCCGCUGCUGUGGCUUGAGGGAUUCUGCCUCUAAAAGUAGCCAUUUGGUAUCUUUGUCAGAAAUCAAAAUUAAAAAGUCAUUAAUACUUUUUUAAAAAAGCAUGCAGAUUCAUUGACAUGCAAAGGAGAUAGAUGGUAUAUUUCACCUUUUUAUUAACAUGUAAGCUUGGACUGUAAGUAACCAAAAAAUAUCAAAACCCUUUAUUUAAAAAAAAGCAUCAUAAUUAUUUCAAUCUUCUGGCAAAAUGUGAAUUUGCAGCUCAAUAUCAGCAUUAACACUUUAGUGAUUUAUUUCCAUAUCUUUUCAAUAAGUUUAAUUUUAUCUCGUGUUUCAGUAAUGUAGAGUGGUAAUAGAGCCUUUAUUUUGAUCUAUAAUUCCAGGUAGUCUCAUGUGUUUAUAGAAGUAUUAACCCUUAGGAGGACCACAGCCUUGUCGUAGGGUUUGGAGGCUUGCGUGCCUCAGUGACUCAGAGAGCUAUGUUGGUUGGAGUCAGGGCUUUGGCUCUUGGUAGGGUCACCCAUGCCAAUCAGGUCAAAGGGUAGAGGCCAGAGUCGCACCAGUCCUCC